GUCGUCGAUAUGUUUUGAUUUUACUAUUCGGGACCGCUCUUUAUUCCUUUCAUCCUCAUUUUUCGCAAUUCCAUAUAUUUUAGCAUGUUAAUCACACUCCGAAGUUUAAAACUACCUGUGGUCGUAUUGAUGUGUUUUUAGUGUGUAAUUAAACCCCUAGUAAGUAUUUGUCUCGUAAAUGUAAAUUUGACUCCAUGUAGAUGGUUCUCCCUCGUGGUCUACUGAAAAUCCACGGUCGUUUCCUCCAUAUUUAUGGCCGUGACAUUCCAUCCAAUAUCCCACUGCCCCCAUACAUCACUAAUAAGGUUGACCUGACGCUAUCUACAAUAGCUGUGCAGAGUGAACGUAAUAUCAGUGAAUGUAAACGAGCAGGUUCAAUAAUCCGCCAGAUAUUUAAUGAUCUUGAAAAGUUUAUCAGACCGGUGUCUGAGUAAGUCAGUCUACCCAUCGCCGUUAGGAUAUAAAGGUUUCCCAAACUAAAUUUCGAACUCCGCUUUCUAACAGCUAGUUUUCAUAAAUAGUUUUUUAGAGCAAUAGAUUUGUAACUUGUCAGCAUAAAUAUUCAUAUUACUUGAUGUGGGUUUUAAUUAUUUUGUAUAUUGAAAGUAGAAAAGUAAUAUAUUGACGAAAAGGGGUUUCUGUCUCAAGAGAUAGCUUAUUCAAAUGUUUUUCACAUGAGAAACUACCUGAUACUAGUAAAGGUUUCAUUUUUACCUGAGUCUGCAUUUUAUCGGUUAUUUAACAAAAUACGGCUACACUAGCUGUUUAAUGUAAUGUGUUUUCUCUAACACAGGUCGGUCUGCACGUCGGUAAAUGAAGUUGUUUGUCAUGGAAUCCCAAAAGAAUCGCAGAUACUAAAAUUGGGUGACAUUAUGUCGGUGGAUAUAUCAGUUUAUAAUGGUUAUGUCCAUGGUGAUGCUUGUCACACCUUUGUAGUUGGUGUGGAUAGUUACUCUGAUUAUUGUGAUCUGGAAGCUGGUGCACGGAUAAAAACUGCUGUCUACUUGUGCACUGUUGCUCAAAAGUGCCGUGAUGCUGGUAUCAGUGUUUGCGGCCCAAAUGCUCUUUAUACAUCUAUUGCGGAAGCAGUCACGAAAUGCGCCGAUGCAUUUCAGUGCCGGGUUGUGGUAGGCGUAUGUGGACAUGGAAUCGGUCCAUUUUUGCAUGGACCACCAAAAGUAGUACAUUCAAUCCAUGAGUUAGCUUCCCAACCACUGGCACGUAUGCUACCUGGACAUACGUUCACCGUUGAACCAUGUAUUUCUCUUCCUCUCAACAAGUCUGGGGUAAAAUUCAAACGGAACACAAGUUUCGCAGUUCCUGUUAUCUUGGAAGAUGGAUGGACAGUGGUCACUAGUGACAAAGCUUUGACAGCUCAGUUUGAACAUACCAUUUCAAUUACAAAUGAAGGUUGCAUAAUACUAACGUGAUUUAUAGUGUUUUUUUCUUUAUCAAUGAAUUCAUUCUGUUGUUGCGUUGUUGAAGCUGAUCUAUGACUCAAUAAUUUUUAUAUUUACUGGUACAUAGCUUAAUUUUACUCAUUUGUAUUUUAGAAGCGAUACUCGAAAGUAUACUACUUUUGCAUAC